AUGACGAUGGACCUGAACAUUGCCUGCGGCGGAUCCUCCAAGCCGAUGCCGGCUGUCGGUUACGGCACCUGCUGCCGAGAAAGUACGCAGGGUCAGCCCUUGAUAACAUCGACGAAGGCGUACCUAGCAGCCGGUGGGAGGCUUAUCGACACCGCGCAAGGUUAUGGCAACCACUUGGACAUAGGAGAGGCCAUCCGCCAAAGUGCGGUUCCCAGAGACGACUUGUGGGUGACUUCUAAAGUUCGUGUGCGAGCUUGCAACACUGCAGCAGAUGUCGUAAGGGCGGUGAACAAAAGUCUGGAGCAGUUGGGCCUGGAAUAUCUUGACCUCAUGCUGCUUCACGGCGGGGACGGUUGGGGGAUAGGUCCUGAGCGGGAUGAGGCCCUUUGGCGUGGCCUGAUUGAGACGCAACAGACUGGCAAGGUACGAAGUAUCGGGGUUUCCAACCACAACCGUGAGGAAAUUGAUCGCCUCAUCUCAAGCACCGGGGUGGCUCCGGCAGUUAAUCAGCUGGAGUUUCAUCCCUGGGUCCCGGCCGAGACCCGUGAUCUGGUUCGGUGGUGCCAGGGCAAGGGAAUUGCCGUGACGGCUUACGGCUCUCUCGGUGGUUCUCAGAACAAGGCUCGGGGAGAGGCGGCGACCAAGAUUGCAGAGAAGUAUGGCAAGACCAGCGCACAGGUCCUUCUGCGAUGGGCCUUGGACCAAGGUGUGGCGGUGAUACCAGGGGCCAGCAGCGAGCAGCACAUCCGUGAAGACUUGGACCUGACAGGCUUCGAACUGACGUCCGAAGAUGCAAAGCUUCUGGAAAGCGUGGAAGCUCCGACCAACUUCACGCGAUGGCACAACUGCAAGAGCAUUGGCAUGGUUCAAAAGGCCGCGGAUGUGUUGGGGAUGGAGAGAGCUAGCCGUUGCUCUGUUGAUGCAGUGAUGUCGGCUUUGGCCAAGCUGCCCCUGCCGCGGGCCAACGUGGACUUGACAGGUCAGCUUGCGAGACUAGAUCCGGAACCAGGACUGCAAAAUGUCAGCUCUGGUGUCGACCUCCUGGCAACCGAGGACUUUCCCAUACUUUGUCGGCGACUGCGUCGUUUGCCUCUUCGACAACUGGCCGUGGCCAUGUCCCCCGCCUUCUCUGCAGCACUGACCCGUCGCCUGCCACCAGAGCAAGCAGGAUCAGCGAGCGCGCGGCUCUGGGCGGCCGUGUCCCGGCGGGUCGUCGUCAACUCUGCUCAGCUCCCGUUGUCGUCGCUGGCCUUCGCUUUGCCUCGGCUGCAGAGCCUGGGACACCUGGCCAAGGUCUCCGCUCUCAGCAAGGUGGUCCGAGGCCUGGCCAGACAGGCCCAGUCCUCCUUGCUGCCACGGCAGGACGCUUUGGCUUGGACUCCACUCUCCCCGUGA